CUUGCUUAAAGCUGCAACUCAGAAAAAAGGAUGGGCUGGGUCUCAUUGCUUCUACAAGGGACAGGAUUACACACUGACUUCAUGGUGCAGUGAACAACUCCUCUCCCUCCUUUCUCCCCCUCUUUGGACAGAGGAGAAGCUCAUGUCUUACAGACAUGAAGAGCUUUGUGCAUGACAGGGUUUAUCUAUUUAUCGCUGUUUCUGUAUUUCAAGUUAUACUUGUAACAUGCCAGGAUCCAAUUAGUGGAUAUGACCAAAGUUGUAUGGAGGAUGGGCAAACCCACGUUAAUACGGACAUAUGGAAACCAGAGCCCUGCCGGAUCUGCGUAUGUGACAAUGGGGCCAUCCUCUGUGAUGACAUUUUCUGUGAUGACGUGACCAACUGUGAUAAAAAGAUCAUCCCUGAGGGGGAGUGCUGUCCUGUAUGUCAGCUGGACAACAACAGACUAGAUGGCAUAAUGUAUAAGGGUCAGAAAGGCGAACCUGGAGAUAUUCCAGUUGUUACAGGUAUUAGAGGUCGACCAGGACAAAUGGGGCCCCCAGGACCACAAGGAUUUAGGGGGGACCGUGGAAAUCCAGGAAAGCCAGGCCCAAGAGGUCCACCAGGGUACGAUGGAGAGCCAGGCGUCCCGGGACAACCAGGAGAACCCGGCCCUUCUGGACACCCAACACACCCCGGAGGACAGUUACUUUCUUUAAUGGAGGGAGGUUUUGAUGAGAAAACAAGACUUGCAGGAAAUUUUGGUAUGGUGCCUGGAGGAAGGGGUGAGACUGGAGCCCGAGGCCCUCCUGGGCCAUCAGGUCAACCAGGCCCACCAGGAAUUCAGGGGGCUCCUGGUGAGGUUGGUGAUUCUGGACCAAUGGGUUCUUUUGGUCAAAGAGGAUUAGAGGGUCCUUCAGGAAAACCAGGGCAAGAUGGAGAACCUGGAAAACCAGGAAAUGUAGGAGAAGUGGGAUUUCCCGGAUCACUGGGAGCAAGAGGGUUUCCAGGGACACCUGGUCCUCAAGGUUUAAAAGGCCACAGAGGUCAUCAAGGUCCCAUAGGUCCUAAAGGUGAAAUAGGUCCUGUAGGACCUAAGGGAGGAUUAGGUCCCACUGGUCCACUGGGCGUACCUGGUGGUCAAGGACCUAGAGGAAUGCCUGGAGAGAGAGGCCGAAUAGGUCCGGGAGGAACCCCGGGAAGGCGGGGCCCACCUGGUAAUGUUGGCAAACCAGGCCCUAUGGGUCCUUUGGGUAUGAGUGGUCCAUCAGGAUUUCCAGGAGCCCCAGGCAAAAAGGGAGAACCUGGUCCCACUGGGGUUCGAGGACCUGAGGGGCCUCAGGGCCAGAGGGGUGAAAGAGGACAUCAGGGCAGAGCUGGUCCAAUUGGCCUCCCAGGCCCACUUGGGAUAGAUGGAGGACCAGGAACUAAAGGUCCUGCUGGAACCAUAGGCCCUCAGGGUCAAGGUGGUCUUAUCGGGCAACCUGGCCCACCAGGACCACAGGGAAGCACUGGGCAGCCUGGGAUAAAAGGCCAGCUGGGUGCUGUUGGUUCCCCUGGUUUCAAAGGAGAAGCUGGACCUAAAGGAGAACCUGGUCCACAUGGUGCACAAGGAGCCAUUGGGCCUCAAGGUGAAGAAGGGAAACGUGGACCGCGCGGAGAUACUGGAUCACUGGGCCCACCAGGUCCUGUCGGUGAAAGAGGUGCUCCAGGGAAUAGAGGAUUCCCUGGUGCAGAUGGAUUACCAGGUCCUAAGGGUGCACAAGGUGAUCGUGGAGUCUCAGGAACAUCUGGUCCAAAAGGUGCCGCAGGAGAUCCUGGACGCACAGGAGAACCAGGUCUUCCUGGUGCAAGGGGCCUUACAGGAACUUCUGGAAUCCAGGGUGCAGAGGGAAAGCCGGGUCCAGUGGGUGGGAUUGGGGAAGAUGGGCGACCAGGAUCGGCAGGACCCAUUGGAACCAGAGGACCACCAGGGUCAAUGGGUUUACCAGGACCAAGGGGUUUCAAUGGAGACCAGGGAAAACAAGGUGAACAGGGUUUACCGGGACCUCCGGGGCAAAGGGGACUUCCAGGGAAAGACGGAGAAGUAGGUCCUGCAGGGUCAGCUGGUCCUCCGGGUCCGGCAGGUGAACGAGGAGAGCAGGGGACUCCUGGUAUUAAUGGUUUCCAGGGUUUACCUGGACCUCCUGGUCCACCUGGAGAGACAGGAAAGCCAGGUGAUCAGGGUAUUCCUGGUGAUGGAGGAGCUAUUGGUCAAAUUGGUCCUAGGGGAGAGCGUGGUACUCCAGGAGAGAGGGGCGAGCUUGGAGCUCAUGGUCUUCCAGGAGCCAAAGGUAUCCUAGGUGCACCAGGACCAGACGGACCUAAGGGUAGCCCCGGCCCAGCUGGGGCUCUUGGAGACCCAGGACCCCCUGGUCUCCAGGGAAUGCCAGGUGAUAGAGGUGGCUCUGGUCCCCCAGGUCCUAAAGGGGAUAGGGGUGCUGUUGGCGAGAAAGGAUCUGAGGGUAUCGCUGGCAAUGAUGGUGCAAGAGGGCUUCCUGGUCAACUUGGGCCGUCUGGACCACCUGGACCUAGUGGUGGGAAGGGAGAACCUGGGCCUCGUGGUGCAGCUGGACCUCAUGGAUCAAGAGCAGGUCCUGGAUCACGUGGAGAACCUGGUCCUACAGGUCCUGUUGGAUUUGUUGGGCCUCCUGGUCCAGAUGGGCAACCUGGUGUCAAAGGUGACACAGGAGAACCUGGCCAAAAGGGUGAUGCUGGGUCUCCAGGUCCCCAAGGGUUGACUGGAUCCCCAGGACCUCCUGGACCAGUUGGUGUUGCUGGACUGAAGGGUGGUAGAGGAACACAAGGAGCACCAGGUCCAACUGGUUUUCCUGGAUCUCCUGGAAGAAUUGGUCCAGCCGGAGGAGUUGGUCCAGUGGGGCAGCCAGGACCUCUUGGUCCACCAGGGAAGCCAGGCCCAGCAGGACUUCGUGGUGACCAUGGACCCCCAGGACGUCAAGGAGAACAUGGCCCACCUGGGCCAGCAGGAAGCCCAGGCGAUAAAGGAGAUGGAGGGGAAGAUGGACCUAUAGGACCUGAUGGCCCACCUGGUCCAGCUGGAACCACAGGGCAGAGAGGAAUUGUGGGUCUUCCCGGACAGAGGGGAGAACGAGGAAUGGCAGGGCUUCCAGGUCCAGCAGGGCCUCCUGGAAAACAAGGAGCUUCCGGACCUCAUGGAGAUAAAGGUCCCCCUGGGCCAGUUGGUUUGCCGGGUGCAAAUGGACCUCGGGGAGACCCUGGUGCAGAAGGUCUUGUUGGGGCUGAUGGCCUUCCAGGCAAAGAGGGAAUAAUAGGCGCCCAUGGAGAUAGAGGGAAUCCAGGUCCUGAAGGAGUUGCUGGUGCUCAAGGGGCACCUGGCUCUCCUGGUCCAGUUGGUGUUCUUGGUGAACCUGGGAAAAGAGGCGCGACGGGCUCAAGAGGACCUAUGGGGCCUUCUGGUAGAGCAGGAAAGCGAGGAUUAAUAGGACCUCAAGGACCAAGAGGUGAAAAGGGUGAUAUUGGUGAUCAUGGAGAAAGGGGACAAAAAGGCCACAGAGGCUUCACUGGAUUACAGGGUUUACCUGGACCACCGGGUAGAACUGGGGAUCAAGGACUUCCAGGGAUCAUUGGACCUCAAGGAUUAAGAGGACCUCCUGGGCCAGUUGGGCCCCCGGGGAAAGAGGGAAACAAUGGGCAUCGAGGGCCAUUGGGGCCACCAGGGACACGUGGACUCACCGGUGAAAUUGGUCCUGAAGGACCUCCUGGAGAUCCUGGCCCUCCUGGUCCUCCGGGUGCCCCUGGACGUCCCACAGCAGCAAUGGAUGAUAUAUUUGGAGACCAGAAUGAGUACAAUAUUGGCACCCCACCCCCUGAAUUCAGCAAAGAUGAGGCACUUCCAAUCAACAACUCAUCGGGCCUUCUGCAGCCAGACCCUGGAGUUCAUGCUACGUUGAAAUCACUUAGCAGCCAAAUAGAAAACAUGCGCAGUCCUGAUGGCAGCAAAAAGCAUCCUGCAAGAACUUGUGAGGAUUUAAAACAAUGCUAUCCACUAAAGAAGAGUGGUGAAUACUGGGUAGAUCCCAACCAAGGGAGUGCAGAGGAUGCUAUUAUGGUACAUUGUAAUAUGGAGACAGGGGAGACUUGCAUCUCGGCAAAUCCAUCAAGCAUACCACGCAAAACAUGGUGGACCUCAUCAGAUGCUGCCGGAGGCAAACCUAUUUGGUUUGGUUCUACUAUUAAUCGGGGCUCCCAGUUUACCUAUGGAAACAAAGAUCAGGCACCAAACACUGUCACUGUCCAAAUGACGUUUAUUCGCCUACUAUCCAAAGAGGCAUCUCAGAUAAUCACCUACCACUGCAAAAACAGUGUGGCAUACAAAGAUGAGAAGACAGGGAAUUUGAAAAAAGCCCUCAUCCUCAAGUCGGCAAAUGACAUAGAAUUAAAAGCAGAGGGGAACAAUCGCUUCCAGUACACUGUAACAGAGGAUAGCUGCACAGCAGCAGCUGGUUUCUGGGGAAAGACUGUGUUUGAGUAUAGGACGCAGCAAACUGCAAGGCUCCCUGUUGUGGAUAUAGCCCCCGUGGAUGUUGGUGGCCCAGAUCAAGAAUUUGGCAUUGACAUUGGACCUGUUUGCUUUUUGUAAAUAAAAUAAUAAAAAUUAUGGACAACAUGAACAUGUUUGUUUUGUAAUGAAACCUGAUACCUUUUAACUACUGCUGAGAACUUCACCCCUCAUAUUCACAGUACUGUGGACUGGUACACACCCCAUCAUCUACAAGGAAAAUAUUUAUUCCGGUGAAUAACAAAGCGAGCAAUUUGCUGAAUUUUAGCACAGGUUGAACCAAGAAAACAAUCAUGCCAGAGGGUCGCAUUGUAGAACUAUUGUGAAUGUUAGGGUCCUGGAAAAAAAACAUGUAUUUCAUUUUUCUAAUAAAACUUAAAGAUGAGCAGUUUA